GUCGGGCGAAUUCAAAUUAUUUUGCUUCUAAAAAACUACAAGUGUAACUAGGAGUAACGAAAAUAAACAAAUAAUAAACAAAUAUUUGAACUUUCUGUAGCAGCAGUGAGAGACGAAAUAUAUUCAAGAAAAUUGUUUAAUUUAUCGGUGCUAGAUAUAUUAAUUUAAAAUUAAAUAAGAUUUUUGCUACCAAAGGAUAAAGAUUAUCACUUUUAUUUGCUGUUUAAUUAAAAUGUGUUCAAAGGAAAUCAAAGUUCUUAUUUUGGAGGAAAUUGAAAAAAAUAAAUUAAUUUUAUUUGGCCCAUUUUCUGAUAAACUAACGAAAAAAGAAAAAAGCAUCGUUUGGAUGAAAAUUCAUGAAAAAGCGAAGUCCAAUGGAUAUUUUCUUGAAAAGUCUUGGACUUAUUUGAGGGAUGUCUUUUGGACCAAUAUAAAGCGCUGUACUAUGGCUAAGCUUGAUAACAGCAGAAAGACGGGUUCUGCAGGUGGAUCGCAAAAUAAAAUGAAUGAAGUAGAUACCAAAGUUCUAGAUAUUUUGCAAAAAGAUGCGCCUGACAUUAUAGGUCUGCCGGUGUUAGAAACUUUUGAGGAUAAGCAUGAUUUUGCUGAAGCAUGCAAAGUACCAAAAUUGGAAGUGGAACUGUCCCCAAAUCAGGAUAAGGAAAAUUUAAGUCGGAAGGUGAACUCAAAAGCUUCCUCUGAGUUCAAAAGAAAACCAACUGCAUUCGAUGACGAAUUUUCAGAGCUUAAAAAGAAAAAAUUAAAACUGGAGAUUACUUAUUUAGAAAAGCAGAACACUAAACUUGAUCUAGAAAUUGCAAAACUAUUGAACGAAAACAAAUAAUUUUAACGCGAGUUAAAUGUAAUGAAAGAAUAAAUAAACAAAAAUCUUCAUUAAUAUAAAACUAUUUUUAUUUUUCAAAGCUAUUGUCUGAACAAGUUAAUUAUUUCAUCUCUUCUAGUUAAACCACUUUGUGUAUCAGGUUCUAUUUCUUCUCUUGAGGAAUUGUCAUCUUCUUCAUCAUUUUCACUUCCAAUUUCACUCAAAGUGUUUGAGGUCAAAUUGCAAAUAGUAGCACAAGCCUUAACUAUGUUGCAUGCAUAAAUCGGGUUCACCCUCAAUUUUUGUAGACAAGGGAAUUUUUCUUUUAAUACACCAAAAGCAUUUUCUAUAAGGCGCCUUGUCGACUUAUGAGCGCGGUUGAACCUCUGUACUGCCUCAUCAUUCGUGAUAUUGUUUUUGGGUGUUAUCAACCAAUCUGUACAUCCAUAACCCGAAUCACCUAUUAACACAUAAACAUAAGGUUUUUUUUAAGAUAGUACAUACAUACAUUUAUAUAGCUUCAAUUAAUUCUAAACACACCUAGCAAAAUUGAUCGUGGAUGUGGCCUCCAACCUGAAUUCAUCUUAGAGAAAAGCUCACUGUUUCUCAAAACUCUUGCAUCAUGAACUUUUCCUGGCCAUCUUGCACUAACGUAAUAAAAGUUUAAAUCAGGUCCACAAACAAGCAUGCAGUUGAUGGAGUGAUUUCCAUGUCGAUCUACAAAACGGUCUUCAUGCUCCCUUGGAGCAUCUAUUUUUAUCAAUGUGCCAUCAAUGCAUCCAGCUACAUUCGGCAUACCAGCAAUAGAAUAAAACUUUUCGACCACAUCAGCAGUGUUUCUCGGCCACUUAACCUUGUCUGGAAAUACUCGUUCAUUGAUAGCAUUCACAACUUUUUUAACUACACGGCACACUGUUGCCUUUGAGACUCCAUGCAUAUCAGCUACUCCGUGAUAUUGACCACCGUUUCCAAGCCAAUGAAGUCCUAUCAAAAUCUGUUGCUUGGCCGAGAGAGCAUGGUUUCGAUUGGUUUCAUGUUCCAAUGAUGGUCCAAUGUAUCUCAACAAUUCCUCACAAACUGAAAAACUAAUCCGAAACUUUUCAUUAAAGGAAUGAUAAGACAUUAACUCGAAAUUUAUUCGUUCUCGAAAAAUUCGGGGUCUUCUUCCUCGAUAGUAAUCUUCGAAAUCACUUUCGUCACUGCUUGAAAACAUUUUGUUUUUAUUUUUCAAUUUAAACGCCAACAAACUUCUUAUUAUAACUUCAAAAGAACGAAUUUAUUGUAUAAGUCAAUCUACUGUCUUAUAAAGAAUUUACGCCAACUUUGACCCGUUCUUAUAUUGAGGAAAGUUAUGUUAUACAGAUGAAUGCAUAAUGAUUUAAAAGCCAAGACUUUUUGUAACUAGGAAUGGAAGAUUUUUUUUUUUAAUUUUUGAUAACAUAAAAAUUAAAAAGACUGCAUUGUUAUUGCACUUUUACUUGCCAACGACGUCCAUUAACGCUCCUUAAAGGGACAACAAAACUAGUAUAUUUUUUUCUAUCCAUGACACCCAAAAAUUGUUGUAAAUUCUUGAUUAUAAUGCUUGAUAAUUUAAGAUCCAUUUUAGUGAUACAACGUUAUCCAUGAACUACAUUUAAACCCCAAAGGAACCAAAAUUAGCCAUCAUAUUUUGUUUUUAUUAGUCUUUCUACUCUUGUAAAAAAAUCGCUUGUAGCUACAAGUCUAUCACUAAUAAAAAUUUUACAAAUACUUUUAUGAAACAGAAAUAUUCGCCGCACUUGUAAAUUUCACUUGUAGCUACAAAUCUAUUUACUUGUAAUUAUUAGUCUAAAGAAAUUCUUUAUGAAACAGAAAUUUGCUGAUAAUUUACAAGCUACAAGUAAAUUCACAAAUAAUUAUUAG